CGCUAACCCCCAAAAAACUCAGCCAGAGGAUGGAACCUCAACUCCACUUGCAGGAGUAGACGAUCACGGACGAGACGUACUGAACGGAGGCGACGCUGUGCGCAAACAACUUUGGCUGCGGAGAGAGUCUGCGUUUCCGAAUAGGUGUCCGUUUCAAAUGAUAUCAAAGCAAAGCGUUUCACUUUCCACAGGCGGAUGGGUGACUACCGCUCUCGGCGGCGGCGCUUUAUGAGGAGGAGAUGAUGAAGAAUUUCAGCCACAGUCCCCUUCACAACAACCAGACUCCAAACCACAUUAGGGAAAGGAACAACAAAAAGUUCAGCUUGUUUUCGGCAAUUCCGUUACGACUGUCUCUGCGAGGUUAUGGUUUCUGCAUGGCUACGUUGUUUCUCUUCUGUUUCGGCUCUCUUUUCUACCAGUUAAACGGAGGACCCCCUAAAAUCUUGCUGGACAUCCGACAGUAUCUCGGGGUGUUUGGGAAAUUUCACUGGUCUCUCAGGCCGCAAGUGGGCAGUCUCUUAGUCCACAAGGACAGGCUAGCCAGAGAGCUGACGGGCCGUCCACACGUCCGCACACCCAGACGAGGUGAGUCCACGUAUUUAGAUGACCACGGACCACCAGCCCCAAGGAUCCUACCGUUUCCCAGCCAGGUGGUGUACAACCGUGUGGGGAAGUGUGGCAGCAGGACGGUGGUGAUCCUUCUGAAGACUCUGGCAGAGAAGCACCAGUUCAACCUGAUCUCCUCAGACAUCCAUAACAAGACCCGCCUCAGCAAGCAUGAACAGGUGGAUCUUAUGAAGAACAUCAGUAACAUUCCCCAACCCUUCCUGUACACCAGACAUGUCCACUUCCUCAACUUCACCAGAUUUCGAAUAGAACAGCCAGUGUACAUCAACAUCAUCAGAGACCCAAUCAACCGCUUCCUCUCCAAUUAUUUCUUCCGACGCUUUGGUGACUGGCGGGGCGAGCAGAACCACCUGAUCCGCACGCCGGGGAUGAAGGAUGAUGAGAGAUACCUGGACAUCAACGUGUGCAUCCUUGAGAAUUACCCAGAAUGCUCCAACCCAAGACUUUUCUACAUCAUCCCGUAUUUCUGUGGACAACACCCACAGUGCAGGGAACCAGGAGUAUGGGCUUUGGAGAGGGCCAAGCAGAACGUUGUAGAGAACUUCCUGCUGGUGGGGAUCCUGGAGGAGCUGGAAGAUGUGCUGCUCCUGCUGGAAAGACUCCUACCUCACUACUUCUCUGGUGUGCUGGGCAUCUACAAGAGCCCAGACUACAGGAAGAUGGGGAACAUGACAGGCACAGUCCGUAAGCACACGCCCACCCUGGAGGCGCUGCAGGUCCUCUACCACCGCAUGCGCUACGAGUACGACUUCUACAACUUCAUACGUGACCAGUUCCACCUCAUGAAGAAGAAGAUCGGCCUCAAGUCCAUCUCGCGCCCGCCCGCCCACCAGGCUUCCUUUCUGAGAGAGCUGGAGUUCCACACCCCUGAGCCCCUGGACGAGGACGAGGAGCUUGAGACUGACCUGGAGGACGCCAACAGCUGGUUGGUGCAGCCCUGAGUGUUGCCGCGGUGCCUGUGGAAAGAGCCGUGAUUAGCUGGAGGUGGCAGGAAGGGGUGGGGAUAUACCCUGUCUGUCAGCAUUCCCAACAGGAAAAGGAAGUGAGGUUGGGGGUGUGUGGAUCCUGAUGCCCGUGUUUUUACGGGCUCCUUGUUGCAUCUGUCCUGGACUCUCCGCUUGCCAUUGAGGACCGUGGCAGUGGGUGGGCAGCUGGACAAACUGCCAUAUUUAAAUAUUGACUAGAAUAAUGGGAAAUAUUUUUUUCUUCAAAGAUCCAUUGUUUUUGUCUCCUUAGUUUUUGUAUUUGUUUGAUCCAAAAGGCUGUCCUAGUUGGUGGAUCAAUCUCCAGGUGAGAUAUGAAUAAAAUAUAUGGAGGCGUUUUAGGAAGUAUUUUCAGAGUUUGGGGGUGGAGGGGUGGUGGGACAGUGCCUGAGACGGGGGACUUGCUGCAGUGGAAGUAGUGCUAGGUCUUCCUCAACGUCAUCCUCCCUUUCAUUCUUCUUCACCUUCCAUCCUGUACUAGGGACGUGUCCUUACAUGUGACUACAACCAAACCUUGAAUGCUGUUUAACAGUCAUCCAGGACUUCUCAAAGUGCCAAACCUUACUUCUUGGGUCUCUGUUGUCACAUGAACCCAGAUUGGAAGAGUCCAUUCCUCACAUGGGUGGAACAUGUGGGGGUGACUUGGAUCAAUUCAGCUAUAGUUUAUGUGAUAAAUAUCUGUGUACUUGUGGAUAACUUAUGAGGAUUCAACUGUAAGCAGAGGAGCACUUAUCUAUGAAUUCAGAGAAUUCAAAUUGUGAGCCUGUGAUUGGAUUCUGACAUUAGUAUUUGUCACUGACAGUGUAAUAAGACUGAAAGUUGAGAUUUAGCAAAUGCAAAAAAUGAGAGGGGUCCAAACAGGUUAAGUGAAUCUCUAAUUAAUAUGAUGGCAAGACUUUACAGUAAGGUUACAUUAAUUGUGCAAGUACAUAGUAAUCGCGAUAUAAUUAAAUUGUAUCAAGUGGUAUAGAUUACAACUAGUGUAAGAAGGCACAGUAACAAAAGGGUGUAAAGGUUAAGUUGAAGGUUGUGUCACCAAAACAAGAUCAAUUUUAACAUCCACUUACUCCUGGAAGCCCAAGGUCCCCCAUAUCAAGUUCAACCGUAAUUAAGUGUUACUACAUCCUAUCUAUGUAACUAAUGUUGUAACUAUUAGUAUUGCUACUUAGUUACAUGGUAGUUAGUGUAACCUUUAAUGUAAAGCGAUGCCAAGAUGAUAUUUUUGGACUGACCAUUGACAUAAACAUGGAACAUUUGGUUAUAGUUCCAUUAACACAUAGGCUACAAUAAUUUAUCUCCAAAAACUGGUCAAACCAUGAAGGCCUGAUUAAUCCAAAGCGUUAAACAUCUGCAAAUGAACAGAAAAAAUAUGGUUGUUUAUUUUAAUUAUUAUGUUAGCAGCAUAAUAUGUAUAUUAUACUGUGCUUUGAUUACACACAAGUUCCUUUCAUACAAGAUUGUUUUCUAGCCACUCCUAAAUAAAUAAAAAUCCUCUUGGUUUUUCUGGAACCAAUCAAUAAAUCUAACUACCCAUAACUAUGAUAACUAAGGAGAUGGAAUGGGACUGGUGGUUGUCAUGGAUCCCUGCUGUCUCCAGAUCCCCUGUCUUCUUUUUCUUAGCCAACAGUGUCAGCACGU